GUGGUUUGUUUUGACUGCCGCCCGGAAAAUCGAUGGCAUUGAGUGCAACAUUGUGGCAUCCGCCCAUCUGCCCAUCUGCCCAUUUGCCCACCGAUGUGCCCCGCCUAGUAAUGCUCCAGGUCCCGCAACGUUUACAACAGUUUAUGCAAACAAAUCUCUCACGCGCUCUUCGCCUCUCUGAAACGCUCUCCGUCCGUAUACUUUUGCGUACCCAAAGUCCGGAUCCGGAGCUCUGUCGGUCCGCCCGGGUUACAACUUUGUUAACUUCGGGCUUUUGUCUGUGCAGUCGGUAACCAGGACAGUAACCGGGAAGGAGUUACUUUGUUGCGUAUUAAUUGAUUUUUUCCGCAAACAUUUUUUGCUUCUUUGUAUAACUUCAAGUUCUCAUAAAAAGCGGUAGAAAGUUUGUCAUUAAAAGCACUUUGUAUUGAAGGAAAAUCGGCCAUCUAGGGGCCUGCCGACCGUGGCUGGGGAAAGCCCUAAAUGCAACAUUUCGCCGCCUGAACGAACAAUUGUGGAUACAUGUAGCCUUUCACGAAGUAACGCGAAACGCAACACAAAAUGUCAACGAACCCCAACCCCGGAACCCAUCAGUAUGCACCCUCCAUUUUGUCGGGGGAACGCGAGCAGGAACGGGAACGGGUCUCAAGCUCCCCGCAGCGCAACCUGCUUGAGUUCCUUUGCAUAUGCGUUGCCUGCAUCGUCUGCUAUUACAACAGUACUCAGUGCGGGCUGGUGUUCGAUGACAUCAGCGCAAUUAGGGACAACAAGGACCUGAGGCCGCACACACCGCUGAUCAAUGUGUUCCUGAACGAUUUCUGGGGAACGCCGAUGCGCAAGGAGCAGUCUCACAAGUCAUAUCGUCCGCUCACCGUACUGACGUUCCGCUUCAACUACUUGCUGCAUGCACUUGAGCCGUUUGGAUACCAUCUCGUCAACCUGCUGCUACACUUAUCGGUCUGCCUCUUGUGGCGUCGGGUCUGCCGGUUGUUGCUGCGUCAAUGUGCCGCUUCGGGCAGUAAUGCCAUUUCGCCCUCAUCCUCAUCGUCAGUCUCUCAACUCAACACAUGCGCUUUCGUGGCCUCGCUGCUCUUCGCCGUGCAUCCGGUUCACACGGAGGCCGUUACUGGCGUCGUCGGGCGUGCUGAAUUGCUCUCUUCCAUUUGCUUCCUGGCCGCCUUUUUAAGCUACGCGAAGUCCGUCGGCGACUCGGGUUGUCCUCGGCGCACCAAUUGGCUGGCGCUUUUUGGCUGCUUUGGUAGUUGCCUACUGGCCUCCAUGCUGUGCAAAGAGCAAGGCAUCACCAUUGCCGGCAUUUGCGUGGUCUAUGAGUUGUUCGUGGUGCAUAAGCUACGGCCACUGCACCUAUGCCAUUUUGUGCUGCGCCUGUUUGAGGAGCGGACCGAGCAGCAAUCGCCAAAGCUGUCGAAUCCGUCGGGUAUUCGACGCUGGUCCUCGUCGACGCUGUGGAAACGAUUGAUCUUCCUGGUUGGCAUCACGUUGGCCCUCCUGGUGGGCCGUGUAUACGUGAUGGGUUCACAGUUGCCCAUCUUUACGCGGUUUGAUAACCCAGCCUCUGCGGCGGAUACUCCUGAGAGACAACUUACUUACGGCUACCUCAUUUACCUGAACUGCUGGCUUCUACUCUGCCCAUCGCUGCUCUGCUGCGACUGGACAAUGGGCACUGUUCCGUUGCUGCAGGGAUUCACGGAUUGUCGCAACCUAACCACCUUGCUAACCUUCCUGGCGUUGGGGGCUAUGGUAGCCAAGGCCUGCUUCACCCGCAAUCUGGCCCUGUCGCGGACUCUUAUAAUGUGUCUGGGCUGGAUGGUGCUGCCCUUUCUCCCCGCCUCUAAUCUGUUCUUCCCCGUGGGAUUUGUGGUGGCAGAACGCAUUUUGUACAUGCCAUCCAUGGGGUACUGCUUAUUGGUGGCCUAUGGCUUUGGGCAGCUCCAGCGUCGUGGAAGCCUAAGCCUGCAACGCUUUUCACAAGCGGCUCUCGCUAUCUUGCUCCUCACGCACGCACUGAAAACGCAUCAACGCAAUUCAGAUUGGCGGACAGAGUAUUCCCUCUUCAUGUCUGGCGUGCAUGUUAAUCAGCGCAACGCCAAGCUGUACAACAACGUGGGACACGCUUUGGAGAACGAAGGAAAGUUCGAAGAGGCAUUACUCUAUUUCCAGCAGGCCGUGCGUAUUCAGACCGAUGACAUCGGAGCCCACAUCAAUGUGGGUCGCACGUUCAAUAAUCUCAAGCGGUAUGCGGAGGCAGAACAAGCCUAUAUUCAGGCUAAGGCACUGUUUCCACAAGCUAAGCCGGGUGUCAGCUAUCAUGCGCGUAUAGCUCCUAAUCACUUAAAUGUGUUCAUCAACCUGGCGAACCUCAUAGCCAAAAAUCAAACGCGUCUGGAGGAGGCUGACCAUCUCUAUCGCCAGGCUAUCAGCAUGAGGAGUGACUAUGUUCAAGCUUACAUCAACCGUGGCGACAUUUUAAUGAAGCUGAAUCGCACAGCUCAAGCACAGGAGGUGUACGAGCAGGCUUUGCUGUAUGAUAAUGAAAAUGCAGACAUCUACUAUAAUCUGGGAGUGGUUUUCUUAGAGCAGGGCAAGAGCCAGCAGGCGCAGGUGUACUUUAACAAGGCAAUCGAACUGUAUCCGGAGCACGAACAGGCAUUGCUGAACUCGGCUAUUCUGCUGCAGGAACUGGGCGGCGAGGAGGCCCGCCGGGUGUCCCGGUCUCGGCUGUACAAAGUUUUGGAGAAUGAUGAUCAGAACGAGAAGGUGUACUUCAACCUGGGUAUGCUGGCCAUGGACGAGUCAAGUUUUGAUGAGGCUGAGCAAUUUUUCAAGAGGGCUAUACAUCUAAAGGCAGAUUUUCGUAGUGCACUUUUUAAUCUGGCUCUGCUUCUGGCCGAUACGAAACGGCCUCUGGAUGCAGUGCCAUUUUUAAAUCAACUGAUUCGACAUCACCCCUCGCAUGUUAAAGGCUUGAUCCUUCUGGGCGACAUCUACAUAAAUCACAUGAAGGAUCUGGACGAGGCCGAGAAGUGCUACCGCAGCAUACUUCACUACGAUCCUCACAACACUCAGGGGUUGCACAACCUCUGUGUGGUGUUCGUGGAACGUAAGAGGCUGGCAAAGGCAGCUGCUUGCUUGCAGUACGCCCAACGGUUGGCACCCGCCGAGGACUAUAUUGGUCGGCAUUUGCAGAUUGUUCUUGCACGAUUGCAGAAAAUCAACAAGUUACCUGAGUCGGCGCCAGAGCGAAAGCUCGCGUAUGAGGACUAUGAUCCCCUUGAGUUUAAAUUGCCCCAGGAUCGACCGACGCAUAAGCCGCGCAAACGAUCGUAGCAGAAGCUGGCGUAAAUCAAAUAUCAGUUAUGGAGCAUGUAAAAAGACAAAAGUUGAGUUAGUGGAACUAAAGGUUCCCACAUUCUGUGAGACAUACGGAGUCUGAUAAAAAUAACACAAAGUGAAGAUGUGGAGUAUUCCACGCAAUUCCGUUGUACUUAUUAGUUAUUAACGUUAUUCUUUAACCAUGUACUCAUUUUGAAGAUAUUUAUACAAUUUUGUGUAUGGAUUGUGAAACCUGAUAUUCUUUUUGUAAAUAGAUUACGUAAUUUAUAUAUGAGGGCCUAGCGGUCUGGCAUUUAUUUAAAUAACGCGAGGACGUGUGCUAAAAUAAAUGAUACGUAUUAAACUAAAUACGAA